CCAGCGUCACGAUAUAGCUCUAAUCUUAGAAAAGCGCGCGGCGAGAACGUCGCCGCUUUCUGUCCAAGCGCCGGGUUUUGGUAGUUUCACUAUCGCUAGCUGCACGCUUCUACCACAAAACGAUUGGCCAGGGCGAGACGAGUGAAGGGACUGGUGAUGGCCUCGCGGGUGAUGCAGUAUUCCCUCGUGCUCUACUUCCUUCACCUGUCGCUCACCUUAGCCAUUCCCAAGGAGGAGCACAAGAGAGUUCACCAGCAGAAGCCGCUGAGCGACGAGCAGCACUACCGGGAGGGGGCCGAGCACAACCCGGACUACGACCACGAUGCCUUCCUGGGCGAGGAGGACGCCAAGACCUUCGAGCACCUCACGCCCGCCGAGAGCAAGGACCGGCUCGGCAAGAUCGUCGACAAGAUCGACAAGGACUCCGAUGGCUACGUGACCCAGGAAGAGCUGGAGAAUUGGAUCCGCUUCACCCAGAAGCGCUACAUCCGCGACGACGUCGACAAGCAGUGGAAGGUGUACAACCCGCAGGAGAGCAACCGCAUCUCCUGGGCGGAGUACCGAAACUCCACCUACGGCUUCGAAGAAGGGAGCGACGGCGACGACUCGGACAAGGACGAAGACGGGGCGACGUUCCGGGACAUGGCCCGCCGGGACAAGCGGCGCUGGGACAGGGCGGACAAGGACGGGGACGGCCACCUGGACAAAGAGGAGUUUGGGAACUUCCUGCACCCGGAGGAGAGCGAGGACAUGAAGAGCGUCGUGGUCGAGGAGACCAUGGAGGACAUCGACAAGGACCGGGACGGCAAGAUCUCUCUGGACGAGUACAUCGGGGACAUGUACGGCGGAGCGGGGGACGAGGAGGUGGUCCCGGAGUGGGUGCAGAACGAGAAGGAGCAGUUCCAGAACUUCCGGGACAAGGACAAAGACGGCUUCAUGAGCGCCGACGAGGUGCGCGACUGGAUCAUGCCCGUCGACUACGACCACAGCAAGUCCGAGGCGCGCCACCUCGUCUACGAGGCCGACAAGAACAAGGACAAGAAACUGAGCCGCGAGGAAAUCCUGGACAAAUACGACCUGUUUGUAGGAAGCCAGGCUACGGACUACGGAGAAGCUCUUACGAGGCACGACGAAUUCUGAGGUGGCAGCACCUGGCGAUGUGCGAGCCUCACCCUCUGCCUUCGAGGAAUCAUCUACUUCUCCAGGCACACCAAGAACCUUUUCUUCUCGUUUGGAAGGAAGCUCUUCUAUCACUUCUGUUUUUGGAGCUUGAGAAGCUUGAGCUUUGCGAUAGAGGCUAGAGAAAUAUAUAGCUCAUCUGGAGGUUCUUUUUUUUCUAUUAUUGUUGUUUGAACGACCAUACCAAUCAACACCGUUUGGGGUCCCGUUUUCGAGUUCUGGGGUGUGGCAUAGUUGCACCUUGCAGGGGUCACAUUGCUCGUUUUUGAUCAACCGUUAAAUGAAUAAGCAUUUUCUUGUUGUCGGGCAAGUAAUGGAAUGUAAUUGAUUGGACUUCUCGUCAUGAUCUUUGAGGACACAUGCACAACUGUUAAAACCAGAAAUUGCAGGGUUCCUUUGGUUUUACUGGGAACCUUGUUCCCUUUUCAAGUUGAAAUAAGACACUUUUCGAGUAGGUGAAAUUACCGGAAGGUGUAAACAUUAGGACUUAUUGCCCUUGCAACAUCCAACAAUUUUCUCGAAAUAAGAGUCACAAUGACCUUCAACGGGGGGGGGGGGGGCUGCCUUGUGGCUUUGAGCCCCAGACAGGAAUUUUUCAACUUCUGGCUCGGCUGAUCGCGCACAUUGAAAGUUUGCAUGUAAACAGAAUCUUAUUACGGCUAAAAAGAAAAACUAAUCUGCGCCUUAAAAUGGCCGCUCUGUACCAGUCUGCUCGUGUAUGGACUUUCAAAGCAUAUGUGGUGGGCCCUUGCAUCCUUUCUAGAUUUUGGAGCUGCUAGUCACAAAGUGUUGUUUUUGCGCUUCCAAGCUCUUUGUCCUCUCAGCAGAACUGUCCCUUACGCACUGCCUGUUGUGUCUUUGUGUACCGCCUUUCUGUUCCCUGGCUCACAAAUGUCCUUGUGGUGGAUAGACUGCGAGAGUUCCAGCAGCUGGGAGCUUUUGCCUGUGUUGUGAGAAGCUGUGGGCCUCGGCUGAAGAGACGACUGCAUCCUGACUUUUCCUCUUCACAACUCUCCAAAGACAUCUCUUGUGCCAAAGUUGGAACUCGUUUGUUCCGCAUUUUUCACAAUCGGCAUGAAAUCGGGAAGUAGAGAUCUGUUGCAGCUUUUUCUAUGAAGCGACCUGUGCGAGGAACUGUUGAGUUCCAAUAAAGAUUUUUUAAAAAGGCAA